CCCAUGUCCAACAAACGUCGCCUCCAUUCCUUCAAAUCACGCCUCAUUUUAAGCCUAAAGCCCCCCACUUUUCCCUUGAACUUGAAACGAAAACACUCUCUCUCCCUCAUCUCUCCCCCAUAAGUGUUUUCCUACAGUACAAACUAUCCUUCCCUCUUUCUCGUUCCGUUUCAUUUUAGGAUCAUCAGCUCAUCCAUGGCUGAGGAGACUCAAAAGCCAGAAGCAGCUGCAGCUGCUGCGCCACCUGAGGAAGUGGUGGUGGUGAAGCCUGAGGUUACUGAGAAAGAGCCACCACCACAUGCUCCCGAGCCUGAGCCUGAGGCACCAGAGAAGCCAGCAGCUGCUGUAGUCCAAGAGAAGGAAGCUGAGGUAGAGGCUGUUGAAGUUAAGAAGCCUAAGGUUGUGGAGAAAGAGACUAAGAUCACUCAAUCGGUUUCAUUCAAGGAAGAAACCAAUAUAGUUGGUGAACUUCCUGAGCCGCAGAAGAAGGCUCUUGAAGAGCUUAAACAGCUUAUUCAAGAAGGCCUUAACAAGCACGAAUUCACUGCUCCACCCCACCACCCAAAGCAGAAGAAAACUGUUGCCGAGGAAAAGAAACAGGAAGAGAAGAAAGAAGAAAAAGAAGAAGAGAAACCUGCUGCUGCAACUUCAGAAGAACCCAAAGUCGAAACUGAAGGAAAAUCUGAAGCCUCUGAAAAAGUCGAAACUCAAGAAAAAUCUGAAGCCUCUUCAAAAGUCGAAACUGAAACACCCGCCCCUGUUGAAGUCAAGGAAGAAGAGAAGACCCCCCCACCUGCUGAGGCACCAACCGAGACUGUGGUUGUCACAGAGGUGGUUGAGAAAGUGACAGCCGUCGACGACGAUGGCGCCAAGACCGUGGAGGCAAUCGAGGAGUCUGUGGUAGCAGUCUCUGCUCCUCCUCCGGCAGAGAAACAGAAGGAAGAGGCCUCUGCCUCCAAGGAAGCAGAGACGGCUACUCCAUCAGAGGAGCCAAAAGAAGCUGAAGUCCCUCCACCUCCACCAGAAGAGGUGUCUAUAUGGGGAAUUCCGCUUCUUGCGGACGAAGAGAACGAUGUUAUUCUAUUGAAAUUCCUGAGGGCAAGGGAUUUCAAGGUGAAGGACGCAUUCACUAUGAUCAAGAACACUGCCCGCUGGCGAAAGGAGUUUGGAAUUGAAGGCUUGCUUGAUGAAGAGCUUGGAAAUGAACUGGAGAAAGUGGUUUUCAUGCACGGGUUUGAUAAGGAAGGCCAUCCUGUUUGCUACAACGUGUACGGAGAAUUCCAGAACAAGGAGUUGUACCAGAAUGCUUUUGCUGAUGAGGAAAAACGAUCCAAGUUCUUGAGGUGGAGGAUUCAGUUCUUGGAAAAGAGCAUCAGGAAGCUUGACUUCAGUCCUAGUGGUAUCUGUACCAUAGUCCAGGUCAACGAUCUCAAGAACUCCCCCGGACCUGGCAAAAAGGAGCUCAGGCAAGCUACCAAUCAGGCCCUUAACUUGCUUCAGGAUAACUAUCCCGAAUUUGUGGCCAAACAGGUGUUUAUCAAUGUUCCAUGGUGGUACCUGGCCUUCAAUAUGAUGAUUAGUCCUUUCCUGACACAGAGAACCAAGAGCAAGUUUGUGUUCUCAGGUCCAGCCAAAUCUGCUGAGACCCUCUUCAGAUAUAUUGCUCCUGAACAAGUGCCAGUUCAGUAUGGUGGACUGAGCAGGGAGGGUGAACAGGAAUUUACCGUUGCUGAUGCUGUCACAGAGGUUACAAUCAAGCCAGCAUCCAAGCACACCGUUGAGUUCCCUAUAACUGAGAAGUGCAAUCAGGUUUGGGAGCUCCGAGUUGUGGGAUGGGAUGUCAACUAUGGAGCUGAAUUUGUGCCAAGUGCUGAAGACGGAUAUACAGUGAUUGUAUCAAAGACAAGGAAAGUUACCACAGCUGAUGAAGCAGUGAUCUCUGACAGCUUCAAAACUGGUGAACCUGGCAAGGUUGUUCUCACCAUUGAUAACCAAACUUCAAAGAAGAAGAAGCUCCUCUACAGGUCCAAGACCAAGCCUUAUUCUGAUUGAAAGCUUCAACUACAAUUCCUUUGGUGGGGCUUGAAUCAUCUGUCAAGUUGAAGACAGUGCAUAUGGCAGAAUAAGAACUGUUCUUUUGUUUUUUUGUUUUUUUUUUUAAAUGACAGGCUUUCUUUUUGCUUAAAAUUUAAUUUUAUAAAUUUAGAGUCUUGGGGGAUUUAAUUUUAUAUAUAUUUUUUCUAUUAGUUUAUUGGGGUUUUGGUUCUUUGGUCUUUGAUAUACUGUUAAAAUGAUUCUGGGUACCAUUGAAGAAGAGAAUAUUUGAGGAAUAUGAAUGGGAGGGGAUGGACAUGUGUGCAAUGUGAAAAGAAACUGUUGUUAUUCUGGAUACUAUUUGCCUGUAAAGUUUGUGUAAAUUUCUUGCUGUAUUAUUCAUAAUUUGUUAUCAACUUGUGGUUUUUUUUUUC